CACCCAGCCCGGGUGAGGAGGGCCAGCUGUGGGACUGAAUCGCUGCAAUCGCUCGCUGUAGCAGCAGCUAGCCGGCUAAGCGCUAACUGUAGAAAAUGUUCACAUUCCGCCCGUUGUUUACUGCCAGGGCUGCGGAGGAUUGUGCCAUGACAUCACAGCCGAGUUUUUGACGUUUCUGAUCUUUGAGUUAUGCUCUCACGAAAGAAAAGUAAAAACGAAGCGUCGAAACCAGCCGAGGUACACGGGAAAUAUGUGAAGAAGGAAACGUCGCCGCUCCUCAGAAAUCUCAUGCCCUCAUUCAUCCGUCAUGGACCUACUAUUCCCAGACGAACAGAGGGGCCCCCAUCCGAGAUUGGGUCUACUUCCUACUCUGUGGCACCCAACAGAGAGGCUGUGGUGUCCCGUAACAAAAGUGUCCUCCGCACACCUGUACAGAGGCCUCCACAUGAGGUGGCACGCAGAGAGAGCCACCGCCUGUCGGCACCUCCAUACCUGCCUCGGAGUGUGGGAGACUUGUCCCACGAGUACAGGGGCUCGUCGCAAUCCUUCCCCACAGAAGUGAGUCCCAUGUCUGAGAACGGGGACGGUGCUCUGUACUACUACCCAUCUGACCCUUAUUAUGAAAACCAGCAGCAGCACCAGCCUAGGAGAGUCCAGGAAUGCUUUCCUGAUGACUAUAGAUAUUAUGAACACAAUGAACACAACUUUCAAAGACUUUCUCACCAACACGCUUCCCCAGCUCCCAGCCGACCCCCCUCAGGCAUAGGUCGGAUUCAGGCCAAGUCUCUGGGGAAUCUCUCCAUUUUAACGGGAGAGGAUGUCCCCCUUCCGGCCGGCUGGACUGUAGACUGGACCAUUCGUGGCAGGAAGUACUACAUCGACCACAACACCAACACCACACACUGGAGCCACCCUCUGGAGAGGGAAGGGCUCCCUCUAGGCUGGGAGAAGGUGGAAUCUGCUGAGUUUGGGGUUUACUAUGUGGAUCAUAUCAACAAAAGGGCUCAGUAUCGGCAUCCGUGUGCCCCCAGCGUGCCUCGCUAUGAUCAGCCCCCACCACCUCCACUUCCUGUGACCUAUCAGCCACGCCCAGCAGAGAGAAUCCAGCCGGUGCUCGUGCCCGCUAACCCGUACCACACGGCCGAAAUCCCCGACUGGCUGCAAGUUUACGCACGCGCGCCACUCAAGUACGACCACAUCUUGAAGUGGGAGCUGUUCCAGCUGGCAGACUUGGACACGUACCAAGGGAUGCUGAAGCUGCUCUUCAUGAAGGAGCUCGAGCACAUCGUCAAGUCCUACGAGGUCUACCGACAGGCGCUGCUGUCUGAGGUGGAGGCUCGCACACAGCGAAAGCAGUGGUACCUCCAGCAGCCUAACAAGAACUUCCAAGGGAACAUGUGAAGCUACAUCUUUAGCAGGUCGUCCCCCUGCCACACCUCACUGAGGUUUCUACAGUUUGGGAGCGGUCAGAGCUUCUUUUAAAAUCAAAACUGACUCCUAAUUGCUUCCUUACCAAACACAUCUGUGCCUUUGCUUGAUCCAAAUAUAUCAGCCAAGAAGUCAGAACGACUCAUUGACUAAAGGGAGGGCUGUCCCCCGGUGCCACGCUCAUGUUAUGGACAACCGAGACAGCACUAGGAUGAAGACACAACGUGCUACGUCUGUGGACGCUGCUUGGGUGGGAUCUAAACCCACCAAACUGACAAAUGAACUUUUCAUUUCCUGUUAUUAAGACUGGGAAGCACCAAGUCUGGAAAUCCUGCUCAGGAUAUUUGUUGAAAAACAUCCCGAGAUUGUGCCUUAAAUUAAUCGUACAAAGUCUGCUCGUGUCGCGCGUACACCACCAGCUACUCCGUCUUUUUCUCCUUCGGGACGAAUCGACAGGCAGCUUAUUAUUUAAAUACAAUAUUUUUGCUUUGUAACCCUCAUAAACUGAAACCAUACUCUUUUACAUAAAAAUAAACAUUUGCAUUGUU